AUGCCCGAAAAUGCUUUUCUUGUAACAGCAGACGUUACGGCUCUAUACACAAACAUCCCCCAUGAUGAAGGAAUUAAAGCAGUACUCGAUUUUAUAAAACAAUUUAGAAAUGAAAUGCCUAAAUAUACCCCACCAAAUCAUGUCUUUCACACGCUGCUGCAUCUCAUUCUUAAAAACAGUUUUUUCAAAUUUAUGACAUCAUUUUAUCACCAAAUUAAAGGAACGUCCAUGGGUACAAGAAUGGCCCCACCUUACGCAAAUCUAUUUGUGGCAGUACUUGAAGGCCUAAUCAUAGCUGAUUUUCCCAGUUUUAUUGAAUUCUGGAAACGCUUUAUAGAUGACAUUUAUUUCAUAUUUACGGGAACUGAACUACAAUUAAAACAAUUAUUCACACACAUGAACAAAAUUCACCCUUCCAUAAAAUUUACUUUUGAGUAUUCAAAAUCAGAUAUUCCCUUUCUUGACACACGCAUAUAUAUUGACUAG